UAAAAAACAAUGCGCCUGUUUUUCUGCGUGUAUAAAAGGCUCUGGCACAAUCCUGUUGCUGUUUUAGUGCGACCAAAGUUAGGCAAACACAAUGGGAAAGAUAAUCUUUUACGAGGACAGAAACUUCCAGGGCCGGUCCUACGAGUGCAGCAGUGACUGCGCUGACCUCCACUCCCACUUCAGCCGCUGCAACUCCAUCCAGGUGGACAGCGGCUGCUGGAUGGUCUACGAGCGCCCCAACUACUUAGGGUACCAGUACUUCCUCAGGAGGGGUGAAUAUCCAGACUACCAGCGAUGGAUGGGCUUCAACGACUGCGUCCGAUCCUGCCGCAUGAUCCCCCAACACCAAGGAUCUUACAAAAUGAGGAUCUAUGAGCGUGCAGACUUCGGGGGUCAGAUGAUGGAGUUCACUGAUGACUGCCCCUCCCUCUACGACCGCUUCCACUACAACGACAUCCACUCUUGCAAUGUCAUGGAAGGCCACUGGCUGUUCUAUGAGCACCCCAACUACAGGGGGCGCCAGUACCUGCUGAGGCCCGGAGAGUACCGGAGGUACAGCGACUGGGGCGGCAUGAACCCCAGGAUUGGGUCCAUCAGACGCAUCACAUAUCCCAAUUAGACACACAAAAAAUGUGUGGAGCCAAAUAAAACAGUCAUCCAGUCAA